CCCCGAGAACCCUGUGCGUGUGCGAGGGUGUCUGAGUGAAUCAGUAGUGAAAGAGCGAGAAAAUGCAGGCCGUUCGAGCUGGAAUCCGAGCUCUUAGAUCAUCAUCAUCCGCGCCAAUGAUCAGAGGAGGUAGGGUUUUCUCUCAAUCAGCACCGUCGGUGUAUUCUCCUUCGGCUGUCCUGGAAAAGCAGGAAGUCACUUUCCGUGUUCUCGAUCUUCUCAGAUCCACGCCUUCCAUCGAUCCCACCAAGGUGACUCAAACAGCAAGUUUUAAGGAUGACUUGCAACUGGAUAUAUUGGACAAUAAUCAAGUUCUGAUAGCUGUGGAAGAAGAAUUUGCAGUUGAUAUCCCGGAUAAUGAAGCCAACAAGAUUUCAACCACGGGUCAUCUCAUUGACUACCUUACAGCCCAUCCACAAGCUAAAUAAGAUUCUCUUUGGUUGCCAGGUGAAAUCACAAAUUUCGUUAUGUUCUAGACUAUCAAUGUGGUGUCCAUCGGUAGUUUGUAAUAAUUUUCCUUUGGUAAUUAAAGACAUGUUUGCCAAAUUUUUAUGCCUCCUUAAAUCUGAGCACUUUGCUUUUGGAUUCAUAAUGAUGUUUUUAAAAGUCAAAUAUGGUGAUGCUGUUGUUUAUGAAACUGUAGUGGUGAUGUGAACUUAGAGUUCUCAAAUGAGUGAAUAAAUUGUGGUUCUUUGUGGAA